CCGAUCCUCGGCAUCUGCCCUGUUAAAUACUAGGUAGAUAGAAGAAUAAUUAGCUCCGUACCUAAGUCCUACCUAUAUACUUAGACUUAGUACUACCUAUACAGUCCGUGCCUGCUGAGAUUAAUAACUAACCUAUACUCCAUCAUCGCUCUAGACUGUAUCACUAUCCAUAGAUGUAACACCAAUUAUCAUCAAUAUGCCUUCAAUCGAAUUAGGUGAUUCAAUACCCCCGAAUACUGCUCACGCUGUGAGCGUCUCGCUCCCCACCUGGAAAUCUAACGUGGGGUAUGAGGAAGGCGAGCAAUGGGUCCUCGGCACUAUGGUGACGGGCUACCCGAGGUUUUUCAUCCAUAAGAGCAUACAGGCCUUCGGUCGUGACAUUGCCGUCAGGUAUGGGGCCAGCGAACUGCAGGCUAUAUUGUUCCCUACUAAGAAGACGGCGAAUCGAUGUCUUGACUUCAUCCGAGACAAGGCCCCGCAGUCUACUCUCGCCAACCUAUGCGUCAUCCAUUUGGUCCUAGACCCGGCCAAGAAGCCCCCGGAGUCAUUGUUAUCCGCCACGCCGUCUAUCUCUGCCGUCUUAUGCUCCGCAGAGGCGUUCCCCUUUGCUAAGCAGUAUUGGCAGCAUUCCGGCGACGGUGUCUCGAGCCGACGUGCGGAAUUCUGUCACGGGCUGUUUAACGAAAACAUACUAGUUCCGGAGGAGCAGGUAUCUUCGCCUCGCGCAGCACAGCAGAAGCUAUGUCGUGGACCAAAGAGAUAUCGAAGAACAGCCUCCAUCGAUCAUAAUACAACCGGGUCCAAUGGAACUAGCCGUCAGUUUCCGGUAACCCUGGAGGCUGCUGUAGAUAACGGUACGACGGAUUCGCUUGAAACUUCAAGGUUUCUAGAAGAGCGUUAUGGGAGGAACCUUGACCUCUCCCUAGUCCCAAAUGCUAAGUCGGCCAUUAGACGACGGAUCGCCGGCGUCCUGACCACGGAUGUAGACUUAGAUAGCGCCACCGCCUUUCCAACCAUGGACUCUAACGCUCGUGGGAUAUCAAACUUCAAAGAGGAUGAUAUAUAUCUAGUUCCCUGUGGCAUGAACGCAAUCUUCACAACCCACCAGACCCUCCUCAAAGCCCGAGAGCCUCGGAAAAGUAUAAACUUCGGCUUUCCGUAUGUGGACACCCUCAAAAUCUUGCAAAAGUUCGGCCCUGGUGCUAUCUUCUAUGGCCAUGGCUCUUCUUCUGACCUCGACGACCUCGAGAGGCGCCUGCGAGGCGGAGAGAAGUUUCUAGGACUUUUCUGCGAAUUUCCGGGCAACCCCUUAUUGACUUGCCCCGACCUCGCACGCAUCCGGCGGCUAGCUGAUUCGUACGACUUUGCUGUGGUAGUCGACGAGACGGUGGGCACGUUUGUCAACGUCAACGUACUUCCCUUUGCCGACGUCGUCGUCAGCAGCCUGACCAAAAUUUUCUCCGGGGAUUGCAAUGUUAUGGGCGGCAGCAUCAUCCUAAACCCGAAUAGCCGGUAUUAUGACUCAUUAAAAUCUGUUAUGACGAACGAGUUCGAAGACACUUAUUGGGCCGAGGACGUAAUCUUCAUGGAGAGGAACAGCCGUGACUUUAAGUCCCGGAUUGACAGAGUCAACACCAAUGCCGAGGCCAUCUGCGACGUCUUAAACGCACAUCCCUUAGUCACCAAUGUUUAUUACCCCAAGUACAAUGAAUCUAGGCCUAACUACGAGGUUUGCAAAUUGCCGAGCGGAGGCUACGGCGGGCUCCUUUCGUGUACACUCAUGACCAAGGCUCAUGCUAUGGCCUUCUUCGAUGCCCUUGAAACAGCCAAGGGACCAAGCUUAGGCACCAACUUUACGUUAACCUCGCCCUAUGUUGUUCUGGCCCACUACCAGGAGUUGGAAUGGGCCGCUGGAUACGGGGUGAGCCCUGACCUGCUUCGGGUCAGCGUUGGAUUGGAAGACGACCUAACAUCUGUCUUUGCAAAUGCUCUCAAGGUGGCUGAAACAUGCCAGGCUAGUGAGUAAGUAAGUAGGUGGGUAAACGACGUGGAAGGGUUGCUGAGUAGUGCCAAGGAUAUGAUGACGAUAUAAGGAUAAUAUGAGAAUUUGCCAUUAGGUUCAUUAUAUCGUCCCUAACCCUGGC